ACUUCUUCGAAAUAGAAACUCAAUAACCGUAGAUACAUUGAACAAUCAAGAUACAAUUGGACCUCUUGCUGCGACAUUAAAGAAGAUUAGAUACCGAACAAAAUCCAGACAUUGAAGCGGUAAACUAAGCAGAAGCCGCUGAUUUCACAACUCCUACCAUUCGCCGAAUAGCCGUGAGACUAAGCUUCCUUGGGAACCUCGGCAUUCUCCAACCCCAGACUCUACCCUAGUGGCGCUCGUGGGAAGUCACAUAACCACGACACUUCUCCACCUCUGCUCUUUUCUAAACACUCCAAAAUCUCCCUUUCUUUCCCUCAUCUAUUUCCUCCUAGAAUCAAUAAAGAUGGCCCCUAGAGUUAUUGUUGUCGGCGGUGGUUUGUCCGGCUUGAGUGCUGCGCACACCAUUUACCUGGCAGGAGGCAAUGUUGUCGUUCUAGACAAGCAAGGUUUCUUUGGUGGUAAUUCUACCAAGGCAACUUCCGGUAUUAACGGAGCCCUCACUCGGACACAAGUCGAUGCGAAAAUCGGAGACAGUGUAAAGCAAUUCUACGAUGAUACUCUCAAAUCUGCCAGAGAUAAGGCCAGACCAGAUCUCAUUAAGGUCCUAACAUACAAAUCUGCGGCGGCCGUUGAAUGGCUUCAAGAUGUUUUCAACUUAGAUUUGACUCUCGUCUCACGGCUAGGAGGUCACUCCCAGCCAAGAACACACAGAGGACACGAUGCUAAGUUCCCUGGCAUGGCCAUUACAUAUGCUUUGAUGCAAAGACUCGAGGAACUUGCCGAGAACGAGCCAGAAAGAGUACAAAUCAUCAAGAAGGCUCGUGUGACAGGCUUAAACAAGGAGGGCAACCUCGUUACUGGUGUUAAAUACGAAUUUGGUGGUGAAGAGUCAGACCUUGAUGGCCCAGUUAUUCUCGCCACUGGUGGUUAUGCUGCCGAUUUCACAGAAACCUCCCUCCUCAAGAAGCAUCGCCCAGACACAUUCAACCUCUCCUCAACCAACGGUACACAUGCUACUGGUGAUGGACAAAAGAUGGUUAUGGCCAUUGGUGGUAAUGGCAUUGAUAUGGACAAGGUUCAAGUGCAUCCUACUGGUCUGGUUGACCCCAAGGAUCCUGGAUCAAAGUGGAAGUUCUUGGCUGCUGAGGCUCUUCGAGGUGAAGGUGGUCUCCUCUUGAACGGAGAUGGUGAUCGAUUCUGCGACGAACUUGGUCACAGAGAUUAUGUUUCUGGUGAGAUGUGGAAGCAAAAGGACAAGGGAAAAUUCCCUAUCCGACUUCUCCUCAACUCGAAAGCCUCAAACGUUCUCGACUUCCAUACACGCCAUUACUCUGGUCGUGGGUUGAUGAAGAAGAUGACCGGAAAGGAGCUUGCUAAGGAGAUUGGCUGCACACCAGAACAUCUCCAGAGCACUUUCAAGGCGUACAAUGAAAUUGCAGAUGGCAAGAAAAAGGAUCCAUAUGGCAAGAAGUUCUUCCACAAUGGUCCUGUUGACAUCGACGACGAUUUCCACGUUGCUGUUAUGGAGCCCGUGCUCCAUUUCACUAUGGGUGGUAUUGAGAUCAACGACAAGGCACAGAUCCUAAACUCAGAAGGAAAGCCAUUUGAUGGUCUCUUCGCCUGCGGUGAGCUUGCUGGGGGUGUUCACGGUGCCAACCGUCUUGGUGGUUCAUCACUUCUCGGCUGCGUUGUCUACGGACGUGUUGCCGGUGACUCUGCCAGCAACUACCUCUUCCAAAAGGCUCUUCAAGGCUCAGCUAGUGGAGCUUCAUCACGUCUUGGUCAAAUUUCUCUCCACAUCGACCCUUCACAGCCAGGCAAGAUCUCUGUUGAGUGGGAUAGCCAAGGAUCAAGUCAAGGUUCUAGCAAGCAAGCACAGCAAUCACAGACCUCGGCUGGUCCAGUCUUGAAGCAAGGUGCCGAUUCGUCGGAUCCAGGAAAGGUCAGCAAGACAGGCAAGCCUGCCAAGUUCUCGAUUCCCGAGAGGGAAUUCACAAUGGAAGAGGUUGCCAAGCACAACACCAAGGAGGACCUCUGGGUUGUUGUCAAGGGUGUUGUACUAAAGCUUGAUGACUGGCUCGAGGAGCACCCAGGUGGACCACAAGCAAUCAUGAACUUUAUGGGACGAGACGCAACCGAGGAGUUCGAGAUGUUGCAUGAUGACGAAGUGAUUCCCAAGUACGCACCAAGCCAGGUCAUUGGCAGAGUCAAGGGCCAGACUCCAUCUCUAGAGAUCUAGACUUUUGGAUGUUGUAAACGGGGUUGGGUUUUUGGAGUGCGGAAAAUAGCUGACCCUUUGGGGCCUUUGUAUUGAUAGCAUAACGUCUGGAAACCAUGCAUUGCACCUUCUUGACCCU